GCUCCUGAUGAAGAGGGGUUAAUGCUUUCUGCAUGGGGUUGGCUGGUCACCAGACAUUCAGAGAAGAGGGGGAUCUGGGGGCUGCCAAGUGGGGGACCCCUGUGGCCUGAAGGGAGGGGAAGGAAGGGGCUGGGAACGCUCUUCUGAAGAGUAAUAGAUCAGCUACUGUGGGAAAGCGAGUGCCCUGCCAAACCCCAAGUGGUUGGUGAUGGAUGGGGGAGGAAGGAAGGCGGGGAUGGAGGGCCGACUCUUCCCUGUGGCCACUAGGGUCUUGCUGCUGCUCUGUGGCCUCUCAUUAUUUAUCGUCUUUCUGGGGCUUAAUGAGUCACCUUCUCGGUCUGAUUUGGAGGGCUUUUAUUCUGGGGACACACAAACAACUGCCACUCACUUCACAAAUAACCAAAGGCAACGUGGUUUAUUCCUGCCACUGUGGGCCUGUGAACUAAGCCCAUCACCGUGGCAUCAGGUGCUUCUUGCUUGCAUGAUCUGGUGCAUGACUGCCACAUGCCCUCAGCUCUGAGUUUCAUCUUGGUUGCUCAUUUUGGUGCUAUUCUUGGGACUCUUGACUUGCUCAGCAUAUGUGGACUGCCUGCCAGGGUCUGCUUUGAAAGCACUUUGUCUUCCAAAUCUGUCCUUGAGACGUUCUUCUUCCCUGAUGCUUCCAGAAACUGACUAGCUCACAGCAGUUGACUGGGAGCCUCACUGCAGUCUUGGUUAGAUGAACCCUGCUCAAAAAGUGGCCUGUCCCUUUGAGUGUCUGAGGAUGCAACUAUGUGAUGCAACAGCUUUGGUGAGAGGUGAAUAGCUGUCAUCCAGGAGGUUUCUGCUGUCAGCCGCUCAUUCUCAUCCUUAGGCACUUCUCUUGAAGUUUAUUUUUAACUCAGAUUGGGUGCUGAUUUGGAUUUCCAAUGUGAACUUUUAUACUGACAGCCUAGGGGUGGUGAGCCGUGAAGGUGGUGAGUGAAGAGUGAGAACCUAUGAAACCACCUCUGUGCUUCCAUAAUGCACUGCUUGGUCUUUGAAAGCAUAGUUUUCUAGCCUCAAAGUGGCCAUGUCCUGUCCCUGUCUGCAAUACAUCGAGACUAGCUGAGAAUUCUCACAUACUUCUUUGAUUAUUCCAUGGCCGCGGCCUCCCUGAGGACAGAAGUUGCUUUUGUGCAGUCUCAUUCCUGUUUCCUUUCGGAUUCAUGAUGGAGCAUUCCUUCCCUGUAAGGAACCAGUCAGAAAGCAACUGAACUAGCAGACUCCAUUUUGUGUUCCCAUAACCACUGCAUGUGUGAAGCAGGGAGCAGCAACUCUGUGUUUGGCUGGGAGAAGGGCUCUGCAUCUUUGGGUGUGUGUGUAUGUAUGUGAGCACGUGUCCUGGGACCUGAUUUUGAGGCCAAGUGGUGAUGCAGCCCACAGAGUCAUCACAACACUCUUCAGGAAACUAGAUCUUGUGAGGAAGAGUCCUUUCAGGAUAUCAGGCGUAAGUGAAGGAGAGAAGAGGACAAAAGUGCUAUUUUCCCUUUAGUGGAAAGAAUGCUUAACCUAGUGGUGCUGAGAAAUCAAAAUUGUGCUUUCUGAGAGCAUCUGAAGGAUCAGAGUGUGCUGAGGCAUCUCUAGAAUCAUGGAAAUCCCUAUGGUGGGACUGGCUUUGGUUAGAGAGAGAACAUUAGUUACAAGGGAGCCUAGUACAGCUGAAGGAUACUGAGAAGAAUAUUUGUUAGAUUCCCAUGGAGUUAGAAAUCCAGCUUGAAGUUUUCUUUAGCAUGCAGUACUAUACCCUUGUGAUGGCCAAGUAGUUCUUGGAUAAAAUUAAAUUGGUGUCUCGUAGGCCGUUAUUGGAUUUCAGUAGAGUUUUUUAGUCUUCUCUGAGCUGAUCUUCUUUUAAACCGGGGGCUGGAGAAUUAUAUAAUUAUGCUGCUAUUAGUAUUAUGGUAGUUACAGUAAGAACAAUCUGUUCAAGUGAAGGGUUUUAUAAUGGACUCUGAAGGUGUUUAGAUGUUGGUUUAUUCUGGUGACUUCUGAAAGAUCAGUCUUGAGACAGAAUGCUGUCAACAAAGACCAUUUUAUCUCCAGGUCCCAUGUGCUGUGUUCUGAGAGUUGAGAGCUGUGUUGUUGCAGGCUAUUUAGCUGUCAAGUUGGACUUGAUGCUCCUUGUGCAUCCCUUCCAACUCAGGAUAUUAUGUGAUUCUAUAUUGCUGUGGCGAAAGAUGUGGUGUCUAAAAUAGCCAAGGCUUCCCACUAAAGAGCAGGGUAAGACAGAUGAAAACAGUCAGACAGUGGAAGACCAUAGAAUGUAUGGAGUCCCAAGGUACUGCUCCUCUGAAAGGUGGAGAGCUGGGCAGAUGCAAAACGUAAAAAGCUCGGAUCUCUACGUUGCAUCCAUUUUAGUUUAUUUAUGUACUAGAUCAUAGCUGCUGGCUUGGAGCACUUUGGUCUCUUACGAGAGUACACAGAGGAGGAAGAGAAACCUUUCUUUUUCACCACUGAUGCUACUGAUUACUUGAGGCAUUGCAAAGCCUUGUGCACAAACCCAGUGUUUGUGGUUGUCAUGUAUGGCAUGUGUUCCCCUUUAGUGGGAAGGGGAAGCAGUGCCUUAGUUUUUCAGUUGUGUUCUGAACAGCCUCACCUUGGCCUUGUAUAGACUCACCCUUCAGUUUUCUUUUUUUCAUCCAUCUUUCUUCCUGCUUUGAUGAUUCCCAUUGGUGAAGGGGUAGCAACUCUGGAAGCCAACUGCUGUGUUAAUACCUGACUGAGAGCAGAUACUUUAUCACAGGAUCAUGGAAUCAUAGAAAGGCUCAGGUUGGAAGAGACCUCAAAGAUCAUCCAGUUGCAACCCCCUGCCAUGGCCAGGGCUACCAACCAGGCGAUAGAUCGGUUUGCACAGCCUCCAUCCCGACUAGCCUUGAACAAAUGUUUCUGCUUGCCCCCUUGUUGAAAGGAAAAGAUGAUAAUUAAGACGGAGCCUGGUUCUCCCUUUGCCUGACCUUACUGGAAAGGUAACUGCGCUGAUGGCUUGCUCCAGCUGGCUGUGCUGGCAGUGAGUCAGUGGCACCGUGUGGUCAAUUGCCUCAAAGUUGCAAAGGAAAUGCAUAGCAUGAGGUAUUGCUGCUUUGCGUUAGCACUGUGAGCAGUAGCUCGUAACGAAGGUGGUGAAAGAAUAUUGUAUUCCAUCCUUGGAAUGUGGAUGGAAGUAGAUAUGGGCCUGCCUGUGUUCAAACCACCUUGUACUGUGACCCUGCUAGAAACUUCCUGCUAACAUCCUUGUAGCAUGCAGUCCCUGAUAACAUCAUGGCAUCCUUCACGUGAGGGAAAUGCUGAGCCCUACCCACCUUCUGCUACAUUCAUGCUUCUCUUCACUUUCCCUGCUGCCCAGCUUUGUAGGAUAAUCUUCUCUUCUUAUCCUUAGGCAAAGCACAGCCCUGGUGUUCUUGAGCUCAUUACGUUUCUGUUGCAAACAAAUAGUAGUUCUUCCUUCUGUUGCUGUUUGCAGCUCAAAAGCAGUUUGAGAUUUUAGUGUUCUGAGGUACUGUGACCCUGAUGAUGUAUGAUGCUCUGGGAGUAGGGGAAUGAGAGGUAGACUUAGCACUGAAGAAGUGCUAGUGCCCCAGAGGCUGGGUAUCGUGCAGACAGUGCCCUGUUGUAUGGCCCUUUGCCAGCAUCCUCCAGAGGAGAACAUUAGGACUGGUGAAUUGCCAGCUCUUAGCUGUGCAUAUCUUUCUCCGGCUCCUUGAAAUCAGGAUAUGAUUUCAAGAUGGUAUAAAUCAACCGGUUACUUGAUAUAAUGGCAAAGUAAAACUGUAACAGGUGCCUGGGGAUAACUCAUAUGCAUACCACUUCUAGCUCUCCUCCUCUGAAAGCCAUUCCCUUGCAUGGCAGAGACAUGCAUCUUCAUGCAAGGAAAUACCAAGGUUGUCCCUUUCAAAGAGGAACUUUCGGCUCCUAUUGCUGAGACAGAAUGCUCCUGAAGCUGUUUAUAACUGCAUGUUCCCUCAGCUUUGAAAAGAGCUAGCUGUCCAUGCCCUUCCUGGCUUUUUCUUCUGCUUGCACAUUAAAGCUUUUGUUUUUCAUGCUGUUGUUUUUAACCUGACAGUAACUUGAUCUCCCUUCACUUUUUUUUUCCCCUCCUCAUUCAAAAUUGUUGUAAGGGAAAUCUCUCCUCUUGCUCUUUUCUGUGUUCGAGUAACUGAUGGCUGCUUUGUGCCAGAGCAGCUGGGGUUCCUUAUGACAAGCUGAGAUGGCUCCCUGUCCAGCACCUCCUUCCUCAUUUCAGCUACACAUAAAUGUUCUGGGUGGGGAAGGUGGUUAAUAACGCUUUCCUCCCCUGCUGGCCUUUGUCUCCAAUUAGCCACUGCUCAAAGCACAUCUUUUCCUGCAGUGCAGAUCAGAUGGUAUGGGAAGGGAUACGUGACAGACGGCUCUUGGCGUCUCAGCCCACCCAGGGGUGGAUGAGCUCUCCACUCCCUGGCAGAGGAAUCCCUGGCAUGUGAGAACGGAGGUGGUUCCCAGGGAAGAAGUUUUUGAAGAGGACACAGCUUUAUUCUUUGCUUCCCUCCUUUUACGCAGGGAUAAGGAGUUGGUUCAUGUUCCCACUCCUUCACAAAGGCAACCGAGCAGUGAAAACUGCCUCCUGGGAACUGUCGGCAGCGGAACAGCAGAGGGUACUGCAGGGCCAGCUUGCUUUGGCAGGGCUGCAGGGCAGGCUGUGAUAACAGGGAGGCAGUGCAGCCAUGCACGGGAUGAGGAGCUGCAGAGCUUGUGCUGAGCCUGACGGACAGUGAUAUAUGCAAAUGUCAAGUGAGGAAAAAAAGCUCUGCUUCUCCAAACCGUGUGUCCUGCUAGGUUGACAUGGCACACCAGCGCCUGGAAAGUGAAGCAGUUUGUUAAAUGUCAGGAGCAACAACUUCUGUUAGGGAGUUUCUCAUGGCAUGUGGAGCAUUGAGGCCAUCUGGGAAGAAGGUGAAGACCUGCUGAUCGUGACUCCUCCAGCACUUGUCCUGUGUGCUGGGCCAGCUCAGAGGAUGCUGGCAUUUGUGUCCUGUAGGAACUGGAGCCUUACUGGAUCAAGGCAGUCCUUCAUCUCACCUGAGCCUUGGUGAGCUGAUGUCCAGAGGUAACACCUUGCAGAAGUACAGGACGCUCAACUGGAGAGAGCUACACUAAUGUACCAGCAAGGGAUGUCUUCCAGCAGCCUCUGCUAGCUGUCUUUCCAGAUUCCUUGUAUUCUUCUCUUCCCCGUAUGUCAGGAUGGAGCAAAACUGGUGGUGUAGAAGGAAGAGGUGCCAGAUACUGCUUCUUGAGUAAGUGGUCCUACUGCUCACUCCUAAAAGAUAAUAACAAAGACUUUAAGAUAAGUAAAAUUCCCUGGACACAAUGAGAUGCCCUUGGUUUUCUGUAGCCUCUUGCUUUAGCCCCAGGAAGAACGCCUGAGGAAGAGCAAGAUGGUCCUUUACAGCUUCAGAGAAGGGAACAGCACCAGGCCCUCCAUCAGUGGAUCACCACAGAGGUAGCUUUUUGUGAGGCCAUGGCCAUGGUGGGUCCCUCCACUGUGCUGUGUCAAAAUACAUCAAAAGCAAACCCUGUAACUCUUCCAUUGGCUUCAGGCUUACAGUCUCUGUUUUUACGGUGAAAUAACCCCAUCAAUAAUGAAGUUGCCACAACCAGAAUGCAGGGGAUGGCAUUGGUGGAUUUCCUAAAAAUGUCACUAAAAAGGCAACAGCGAAGCUUCUAGGAGUGCUUGCUGCUGAACUGUAAGAUAUGAACGUGGACAACCCUUUUAUCAAAGUCCAUGUUGGAGCCCUCGGAUGAAGAUGAGACGCCAUAAGCUCUUUCUGACUCUCUGCAUGGCUGGUCUCUGCCUCAUCUCCUUCUUGCACUUCCUGAAGGCCCUUUCCUAUGUCACCUUCCCCCGGGACCUGGCUUCACUUAGCCCCAACCUCGUCUCCAGCUUCUUCUGGAACAAUGCCCCCGUCACGCCACAGGUUAGCCCUGAACCGGGGGGCGCGGAGUUCCUCCGCACACCCCUGUACUCCCACUCUCCCUUACUCCAGCCCCUGCCACCCAGCAGAGCCAGCGAAGAGCUGCACAAAGUCGAGUUUGUGCUGCCGGAAGACACGACUGAAUAUUUUGUCCGAACCAAAGCCGGUGGUGUCUGCUUUAAACCGGGUACCAAGGUGUUGGAGAAGCCACCAGUGGGAGGGCGGCCGGAGGAGCGCGCAGACGGUGCGGCUUCAGGGCGUCCUGCUCGCAAACCGCUGAGCGCAGGUGGGACCAAGCGGCGCAAGUGGGUGGAGUGUGUGUGCUUGCCGGGCUGGCACGGCCCCAGCUGUGGCGUUCCUACCGUGGUCCAAUACUCCAACCUGCCCACCAAGGACCGCCUGGUGCCACGGGAGAUCCCCCGGCGAGUCAUCAAUGCUAUCAACAUCAACCAUGAGUUUGACCUGCUGGAUGUCCGCUUCCACGAGCUGGGAGAUGUGGUGGAUGUCUUUGUGGUGUGUGAAUCGAACUUCACGGCCUACGGAGAGCCACGGCCCCUCAAGUUCCGCGAGAUGCUCCUCAACGGCUCCUAUGAGUACAUCCGCCACAAAGUGCUCUAUGUCUUCCUGGACCACUUCCCUGCUGGUGGGCGCCAGGAUGGCUGGAUCGCUGACGAUUACCUGCGCACCUUCCUCACCCGAGAUGGCGUCUCUCGCCUCCGCAACCUGCGCCCGGAUGAUGUCUUCAUCAUCGAUGAUGCUGAUGAGAUCCCGGCUCGUGACGGCGUGCUCUUCCUCAAGCUCUACGACGGCUGGACGGAACCCUUCGCCUUUCACAUGCGCAAGUCUCUCUACGGCUUCUUCUGGAAGCAACCGGGCACCUUGGAGGUGGUUUCAGGCUGCACUAUGGGGAUGCUCCAGGCUGUCUAUGCUACUGAUGGGAUCCGUCUGCGGCGCCGUGAAUACUACACCAUGCCUGGUUUCCGGCAGUAUGAGAACAGCACGGGACACAUCCUGGUGCAGUGGUCGCUGGGCAGCCCCCUCCACUUUGCUGGCUGGCACUGCUCCUGGUGUUUCACCCCAGAGGGGAUCUACUUCAAACUGGUAUCGGCCCAGAAUGGGGACUUCCCCCGUUGGGGUGACUACGAGGAUAAACGAGACCUCAAUUAUAUCCGGGAGCUGAUCCGGACUGGUGGCUGGUUUGAUGGUACGACGCAGGAGUAUCCCCCUGCUGACCCUAAGGAGCACAUGUAUGCUCCCAAGUAUCUGCUCAAGAACUACCAGCAGUUCCAUUACUUGCUGGAGAACCCAUACCGAAAAGCGGAGGGUGCUGGUUGAGAUCGCUGGACUGCUGUGGGAAAUCAGAACUUCACGACAAAGGGAAAGAGUUGGGUGUUUGUCUGUUCCUUUCUUUUUUGUUUUCUUUGAUUCCAGAUGGGGUGUGCCAUUUCUCCAUGGUCUCUGUCCUUCCUCCCUUCCCUUCUUCCCACGGUGAUGCCUGGGGACAAAUUCCUCAGACAAAUGAAGGGAGACCUGGGCAGGAGGAGGGGAGAGGUGUGGGCAGUAGCAUAAAGACCUCCCUGCGUCUUCUGGACCUUCCUGCUGGCUGGAGAGACUUGCUGCAUCCAGCUGGUGGAUUUUCCUUCUUGUGGGGCUGGGAGGGCUCCCUGAGGAAAGAGGGCAGCUGUUCCCAUCCACCUUCAUCUGUUGUGGAUCGGAGCAAGCACAGAUGCGAGCCUGAGCUGUUCAUUGAGCGUUUGAGUCAGCAGGCACAAAGCGAUGCGAGGGGUCACGUGUGCAGAUGUGUGUCACAGGCAUUUUUUGGAUGAGUGAAUGUGCAAAAGCAUCUCAGUAUGCAUUUUUUUUAUACCUCUAUGUUCAAAGUAUUUUGGGGAAGGCAAAUCCUUUGUUUCCAAGGUGUUCUCCCCUACACGCUGCCUCCUCCCACAAAUUUAAUAUAUCUGUCCGAGGCUGUCUCUUAGCCUGAUGCUCUACCAGACCUGAAGCAGGCAGGUGGGAAGCAGAGAGGAAAGCCAAUUUUUUUUUUAUUUUUAUUUUUUUUUUUUUUUCUGUUUACUCCCUUUUCACCCUGCCCCCAAAAUGCUGCACUGGCUUGCUCCACAGGAGCUGAAGCAUCUUCCCUGCAGCAUGUGCUUUGUUUGGGUCUGGGAUAAGCUGCAGGGGACUAAUCAGAUGGUGGGAGUAUAUGUUUACAAGUGCAUGGUUUCCUAUGUGCAUGAGUGCUAACAUGCAUGGUUUUGGUAUGCACGUGGGUGUUUGUCACUGGUGUUGGGAGGGGAGGGGUCAAAGUUGGUCUUGGGUGGUGUGCGUAUUUUCAGGAAAUGGUGGCAUCCAUAAGCUGUGAUCUGUCUUGUCAUGGAUGGCAUUUCGGGGAGAGCAUCAGCUCUUCAUAGCAGGGUGUGCCAUGUGGAGCUCAUACAUGCCUCUCUGGCUGCCUUUGCACCCUUGUGGGCUGUGCCUGCUGCAAGGAUUCUGUUUACAUGUGCUGGCUAUUUUCAAUUGCCAUGGGGGAAAUGAGAGGAGAAGGGCAAAGUUCUGAGUCACCAAUGGGUGUUGUGGGGAAACACAAAGCAUGUUGAGGCACAGGACCCACUGCGAGCUUGUGGAGAAUGGAGCUGUGGGUAGAAUCCCUCUGGGGCCAGAAGACUUUUCUGGGACAAUCAUGCAAUCCACAGCCUGGACUGUGCAGAUUAGGCCAUGCAGAAUAGAGGAGAUGUAGGAUGACAUUCCUUGCAGCUGGUGGGCCAGUGUCCACACAGAGCUGGCCACUGAUGGGUAGCCAAGAUUAGCCUGUUGCUGUAGUAGACUGGUUCAGCUCAUUGAGGAAGCAGAUUGGCAUCUCCACCCUCACCACCCUUCCUUAGCAGAUGGCUUGACAGGGUGCCCAGAGCCCACGCUGUGGUGGGAAGAGGGAGAAAAACACGAAUGCGCUCUGUUGGUCUUACAGUGGAAAUAUUGGCUUGUCUUCCAAACAAAUAAGUGAGGAUCAUGUGGAGGAGGAGAAUGUUGUCAUAAUGAAGAGUGACCCUGCCAUCAGGCCAGCUGGAACAAGAGGGUUUCCACUGACCUCAACUCACUCCAUCAGGGCUUCAUAUUCCCGUGUCAUCCAUCCCAUUCUCUCCAUUGCGCUCCAUUCCUAUCUCUAUCUCUCUCUUCUAUUUGCUUCUUUAGAGAUGUGAAAAGCAUCAGGAAAGAUAAUUUGGUUCCCUAAGAAGAAUUAAAUUUGAACAGAAAGAUGAAUGUUGUUUUUCUGAUCAAACUGAGUUGGACUUCAUCUUAGUUCCUUCCCCCCAUCUCACGUGCCACAAUGCCUGCUUGGAAGAACUGAGGGAUCCCCUCUUUUCUUGUUGUUUUGUUUUUGUGUUCUUUUUAAUAUAUACGUGUAUGUUGCUGUUUUCCUUUGUGAUGUGUCUCCCAAGAAGAGGAAAGUCCCUUUGAGAACUGAGCAGGAGAAGGCUUGGUGGGUGGAAUGCUCUCCCCUCAAAGUGAAGCUGUGGCUUUGCAGAGCUCAGUCUUGUUGAUGCAGGAGGGAAUUUUGCCAUGGUCACAGAGACGUCUUAGGCAGGGGAAGACUGUAGAGAAAUCAGGGCUUGGAUGAGAAAGGAGGAGUCACUUUUAUCAAGUUAGAGCAAUAGCUCUGAGACUGCUGCAUGAGAGCUUUCCCCAGGGAUAACCAGAGGAGAGCCCAGUGUAUUGACACAAGGGAUUUGGUAACAGUAAAUUGAAAAGUAAAAAGGGAAGAAGCUAUUCCUCAUUUUCAAUCUAGGAUCUACAUUCAGGCAUUGCCUUGGUGACAACACAAGUCUCAGGUCAGGCGUUCCUGAAGACGAGAAAGGUCAGUCAUUGCAUACGUGCUUUGGGAGCAGCAGAGCACCACAGAAAACAGGCAGAAGCACACGCAUGCUGAGGCUGCACCACCCGAUCUGCAGUGGCAGCAGCCUCUCCCGUCCUACCAGCCCUUCCCAUACAUGGGCUUCCAUGGGGAUUUUUAGUGCAUUGCAAGUUGUGUUUUCAUCACUGGGGUAUGGUUUUCAUCUCAGCAGAUUCAGAUAAGCCGUAACUGCAAUUAUCAGCAUCUCCUAUUCCCAAAGUUCAGCCUGUUCCCUUCCCUCCCCUGUCUUUCACUAUUUGCUCCAUUGUUUCCCUCUUCUCUCUUCUGAGAAGGUCCCAUUGGAACAAGUGAGAGCAGCACUGGAGCUCUUCUGCACGACUCUGGCCCUGUCCAUCUCCUGGAUGUCUCCAUUUCCUUAUUCUUAGGAAAUCAAAUUUAAAACAGGCUUCUGUUGUGGAUGGCGGAAGGGACUUCACAGCUGAAAUGCAUUUUUUCUUUUUCUUUCUCAAGAAUCAUCCAGUGUUUUGAUUUAAGGCCAAACCAGUUAAUGUUCCUGUUGUUUCUGUAAGCCCUGUGUUUAUUAUCCUUAGGGAGUUGGAGUGCUUGUCAUUAAAAGUCUUCCAUCGCCUCCCUUGAGGGAUGGGGAUAAGCACGAUGACUUCUGCACAGCGAUUUCCCAAGGUGGUGGCUUGCCCUCAGCCAUCCCUGUCUGAGCCAGACAAUGAAGUUUGGAAAGAGAUGAACUGAAAACCAAAUCCCAUUCUGCCCCAGGACUGGUUGUUGCAGCGAAGCCAUGAGCCCACUGUCUUUCUGGGACCAACGUUGUCCGUGGUUCACCAACCUUUCCCCACAGAUGUGUGCUUUUUCUUCCCCAGAACCUUUCCACCUUCAGAUUAAUUGGUGUUAUCUGUAAUUGGUGCAUCCCUAUACUUUGCCCUUCUUUCUGCCCAACUCUGCUUGACUUCCUUUGUGCCCAUGCAUGGCUUUGAAGUGGAAAGCUUCUCUUCCUCCUUCUUCCCAGGUGAAGGAGAGGAUGUGGGCUAAUGCCUCUGUGUCCCUCCAGAGGAACAAAGGCAGUGAGGAGGUGCAGUAUACCCAGCAAUGGAUGGGAUGGGGUUGUGCCUGCAUGAAGGACAACAUACUCAACAGUCUGCUCUCACUGUUGCUUUCUCUGAUCCCUGUGUCUUGCUGAGGUGUUUUCUGUUGUGCAGCCUGUUCUUUGUGCCUCUGUGCUGGAUAAAGGAAGGGGACCUUGUGGCCUCCAGGUAACUUAUGAGUCAGGGUGGGGGCAGGGUCAGUGCAGAACGGGUAUUUGUUCCCCUGGUGCCUCUUGGUGUGUCCUUGUGGGGUGGCAGUGUCUCUUCUUGUCCCGCUGCUCCUGCCAGCACUCUGUGGCUGCUAUGCCUGUGCACUGUGAAGACAUGUCGGGAGUCACUCCUGGUCCUGUUAGCGAACACUGGUGGUGAAGAGGGAAGGGAUGCGGCUCAUGCUGGCCUCACUGACCUCAAGCCUUGGUGAGAAGGGAGAGAAGUACGGUAGAAUGGAUCCCAAAUCCCUCUAUUGCUGUGUUUCCCCUAUCCACCAAAAAAUCUCCUUCUGAUUUCUGAGACAAUGGAUGAAUCUGCUCGUACUGAAAAAGAGGGGGAGCUGGAGAUGUCAGGAGUGGCUCGAAUCCAGCACCAAGGAGAGCUGUUUCUGAUGCUGUAUACCAACAUCUAAAGCAUUGGGGACUACAGAUAAUGGCUUAAAAAGGGAUCUGAAAUGCUCUGAAACUAAGAAUCAAAGCCACUGUUGGUUUUUUUCUUUCCUGUGAGGAUGGUGAUGCAGAAUCGUCCUGGAGGAGGCCCAGCAGCACUGCUGAUGCUGGGUUCCACCUGGACCUGCUGGUGGCAUCAGGACACUGUUUUGGCAAAAGAAUGCGUGGACUUGCCAAAAACAAUUUAAAAAAAAAGAAAAAAAAAAGAA